CUGCAUUCAUUGUGCUACGGUCUAUCCACCCCCCUGCUGCUGCUGGGCUUGUGAUUGCCGCUCGCUCCAGCUGAGCUAAGAGUAGCAGCGGCAUCAGGGCAGGGACUGACUCCAGCCCUUGGACUAAGGCUUCGCACCACCUUACGUUGCGUGCGUGACUCGUUCGCAUAUCAUUUCUGUUUAUGCCUGGGGUGGGGAGAAAUAUCCCAAACCAGCAAAGCUAGAAGACAUCAAGGGCUGCUCAGAAGGUAGUGAUUUUCUUGGUCCCUACAAGUACUUCAUCAGCCUAUGUGCUGGAAUACCGUUUGUUGGGGGACACUGUUCCUUGAAGGUGUGACAGCCUGGUUGGUUUCUCUGAAUCUGCUGAAGUUUGUAGAGGCAUCUGGAAGAUUCUCUCUGCAUGAGCUGUGUAAAUGAGUAUGGAAGAUUAUGAUUUCCUGUUUAAAAUUGUUUUAAUUGGCAAUGCUGGUGUGGGGAAGACGUGCCUAGUCCGACGAUUCACUCAGGGUCUUUUCCCCCCAGGUCAAGGAGCCACAAUUGGAGUUGAUUUUAUGAUUAAGACCGUGGAGAUUAAUGGUGAAAAAGUAAAGCUUCAGAUCUGGGACACAGCAGGUCAGGAGAGAUUUCGGUCCAUUACUCAGAGUUAUUAUCGAAGCGCCAAUGCCUUGAUCCUCACCUAUGACAUAACCUGUGAGGAAUCCUUCCGUUGCCUUCCUGAGUGGCUGCGGGAAAUAGAACAAUAUGCCAGCAACAAGGUCAUCACUGUGCUAGUGGGCAACAAGAUUGAUCUGGCUGAAAGGAGAGAGGUCUCCCAGCAGAGAGCUGAAGAAUUCUCAGAAGCCCAGGACAUGUAUUAUCUGGAGACCUCAGCCAAGGAAUCGGAUAACGUGGAGAAACUCUUCCUUGACUUGGCGUGUCGCCUCAUCAGGGAAGCCAGGCAGAACACACUUGUGAACAGUGUAUCAUCACCCUUACCUGGAGAAGGGAAAAGCAUCAGCUAUUUGACUUGUUGUAACUUCAACUAAAGGCCGAGGCAAGGAGAAGCAAGAGGAAUCAUCAGCUGUCCCAAUGGGCCGCAAAUUGCUGGGGAGAUCUGGCGACGAUGUUGGCUCCCGCUCUCAGACCUUCUGACUCCUGAGUUUACAAAGCAUGGCAGGCCGAGGGCGUAGUCCACAGGCCGGGAUUAGCAGAACAUAUAAUGGUUUCAUCCUUUUGCAGUCUGGAGUCAGAGCAAGGAGACGAUUGCACUAGGCGCUCCAUGACCUGCAGAGCAUGUUGCUUUUGUUUUUUAAAAAAAGCAAGCAAAAGCGCAUUCCUGAACACAGUCCAGGGGAAUCCCUCCUGCACACCAGUGGGUGCAUGUGGGGGCUGUUCUUUAGGGCUUCUGGGGACCUUGGUUUUCUUGUCCACCAGAUAAACCAAAACUGGGAAGGCCAAGUACUGUCUCUGUGGUGCGUGUCGAUGACCCCAUGGAGAUUCUGAAGUGUUAUUUCUCUUGUCUACAGGCACUUUCAAGAACUUUGGGAUGUAAAGAUGGAAAAAACCUUUACCCAUGACCAAGAGUUAACAUUUAUUGUUUUAAUGAUAUAUACAAGCUCAUGACUCCUUUUGGUGCUAAUGAUUCCGCUAUUUCACAGACCAAAUGUUUUAGUACAUUGAUGUCCUUAAAUGUAUUUCAUAGAAAUAAAAAAAAAAAUUAAGGGAA